GACCAAAGAGUAUAAAAGACGACUUGACUGACUGCAACGAAAAAUCGUACUCAUGUUUAUUCAAACGAAAUUUAUUUUCUUAUAUUCACGAUAGUGCUUGUUAUAAUAUUAAAUUCACCUUAUUGCGGCCUGUGGAUCUGAUAAUUACGAAUUAUAACAUUUGCAUUAUUAAAUUUGAAGGGUUUUAGGGAAUUGAAUUUCAGUGUUUCUUAUUUACUUGAUGACAUUUUGUUGCCGAAGUCAUUCUUUCGUGCAGUGCAAAUGGAUGAUACAGUAGUCUCUCCAGGUAACAAAAUGGGCGAUUCAGCAUCAGAAAGCGAUUCCAGUUCUCUCGAUGGCGGAGAAAGGCUUCCUCCCAGUACUGUCUCUCGUGAUCAGCUGCAGAAGAGAAUUGAGUCCUUGCAACAGCAAAAUAGAGUGUUGAAAGUGGAACUUGAUACAUAUAAACUGCGUGUAAAAGCUCUGCAAGAAGAAAAUCGGGCUUUGAGACAGGCUUCGGUAUCUAUUCAAGCAAAGGCAGAACAGGAAAAGGAAUAUAUUUCCAAUACACUUUUGAAGAAAAUUCAAGCUUUGAAGAAAGAAAAGGAGACUCUGGCUCAUCACUAUGAAAGGGAAGAAGAAUGUCUUACUAAUGAUCUGUCAAGGAAAUUGAAUCAAUUACAUCAAGAGAAAUGUCGCUUGGAACUUACAUUGGAACAAGAACAAGAAUGUCUGGUCAAUAAAUUGAUGCGCAAAAUUGAGAAACUAGAAGCUGAAACUUUAGCUAAGCAAACUAAUUUAGAGAGACUUCGUAGGGAGAAGAUAGAGCUUGAAAACACAUUAGAACAAGAGCAGGAGGCUCUGGUUAAUAGACUUUGGAAGCGGAUGGAUAAAUUGGAAGCUGAAAAGCGUUCUUUGCACAUUAGACUGGAUCAGCCUGUUUCCGACCCUGCCAGCCCUAGGGACAUUAGUAAUGGCGACACAGCUUCUAACCUAAGUAACCACAUCCAGACACUCCGCUCAGAAGUUGUCAAAUUAAGAAACCAAUUGGCCGUGUCGCAGAAUGAGAACAAAGAAAAGAUGCAUCGUUUCGCACUGGAAGAGAAAUACAUAAGAGAUGAAAAUAUUCGUUUGCAACGAAAACUUCAACAGGAGGUGGAACGACGUGAGGCUCUGUGCCGACAUCUCUCCGAGAGCGAAUCUUCACUAGAAAUGGAAGAGGAAAGGCAAUUUAAUGAAGCCAUGGGCGCGCGGUCUCGCAGCGUGUCGUCUCCGGGCGGGUCGCGGCCGCUGUCGCCGUACGCCUCGCCGCUGCUGCCCAACGCCGCCGGCCUGCCCAUGUCGCGACCCAACAUGCAUUUCAACUCACAGACGCGACGCUGCGAGCGGUUCGUGAAGCCGGCAGUGCCGGGGGCGUCGCUGCUGUGCCGCGGAGGGCCGAUGGAUCCGCUCUCGCCCGCGCCCCACGCCCCGCACGCCCCGCACGCGUCGCCCGCCCCGCCCCCGCUCUCGCCCGCCCCGCCCUCGCCCAGCGCGGCCCUCGCGCCGCUCCAGCAGCCCGCCAGCCCCAUGGACACCUCCUCCAAAGACUAACUCACCACGUACCAACAAUUAAAAUCAAACUCUUUACCUAUUUAUGCUGAAUUUCUCAUAAAAUUUGAUAAUUGGAAAAACAAGUAUAUAGUUGCACAAAGGCAAGCUACAAAUCGUUGUUGUAAUCCUAUAUCUGCUGAGAUUUCGAAAUUUUCAUUAUAAUUGUUAGAUCAUCGAAUAUAUUUCAAGAUAUAAAAAUA